AUGUUGCUAUGCCCCAGAAAUCACGUUGCACCUCAGAACAAGAGACUAAAAUUGCAAAUUGACGAUGGUGAGGAUCCGAGGUACUUCUUGUGCACUACGGAUUGUACCCUUUCUGUGCACAAGUUAUUGAGUCUCUACCCUAAUGCUGUUUGCGAAUGUGGACGGCUCAUGGAUAGGACGAUGCAGUUGUCAGAGAAGACUGAAAAAAAGUUAGUUUUUGAUGCUCAAGAUAGAGGAGUGUUUGUUAAAGGACCGAAACAAUUUAUAAUAAGUGAUGAACUACAAGUAAAGCCCUCAUCAAUAGAAGCAAGCGUUUCUGUACUAUCCAAUCUAGGACUCACGGACUGCAGCACCAUUGAGGCGUAUAACUACUACAACAUCGACGUAGGAGUAGAUGAGAUUCUCACUUUGCUCAAGUGCUCACUAGUAUCAAAGAAACCUUUGACCGAAACUUUGUUGAAACAAAAUUCAGCACCAAAGUUCGGCAAAGAAGAUUUUGAUCAGAAUAUCUAUGUUGAGUCUACAGUGGAAGAACCAGAAUCAAAUGUGGACGGGAAGAUUCAUGUAAAGCUUAUUAUCAGCAAAUCCAAGAAAAUUGUUUGUUUUGCCGAAGCAAGUAAAGAAUUUGUUGAUUUAGUUUCCAGUUUCCUAACUGUUCCACUUGGUUAUAUAAUAAAAGAAAUGCAGAGUGGCUUUUCAAAAGGAUCCUUAACUCACCUGUACAAUAGUGUUCAGGAACUCGAUGCUAAGAAAUACUUGAAAUCUAAUGAGCACAAGGAAAUGCUCAUCAGUCCGAAGCUGGCCCCUGAUUUUAGCUAUGAUAACCAUCCUUUAGGCAUUGAAGAAGGUCAAUUCUAA